AUGGGUAACUACUAUGUUAAACCUGAACGUGCCGGAAAUUCACCAUAUACCCGUUCAGGAUUGCCUCCGCCAAAGUUGGAUCCAACCGGCGACAAGCCAUUGCAUCGGGGUGGUAAUGCAAUGUCGUUGGAAAUGCACAUGGCUGAUGAGAGGGCUCGAGCGCGCGGAUUGACACCGGCUGAACGUGAAUGGCGUAUGAAAUGGGUUAAAGAUCAAAAUCUACAUCCCGAUGAACCGAUUGCUGUUGAUGCAGUUCACAGACAACUCAAUCCGAUUCGAAUUCUUUACAGAUGGCCACUCGAUAAACUCUACAAACAUUUUUUGAAACCAACAUUUGGAGUUUAUCAUGGAACGGCGAUUCGUGUUGUUGUACCGAAAUUCAUCUUUGCUUUCCUUGGUUUACAGGUGAUCUACUAUUAUUGGAAAUACGAGGCCCGAGAUUGGGCUCAUCUUCGAGGAAUUGAGACAUCACCUGAACGCCCCGUGAUCAUGCGAGGCGCCGAAAUCGAAAAGCGAUACCCCGGAUUGCAGACGAAAGCUUUGGCGGACCCUUCAAAAUUCGACUAUCUCUCUCCUUCAUACGAGAAACGUACUGCCAUUCUUGAUGUGGGCGCUCCUGGCCGUCCCUGG